CCGAGCGAAGCGUCUCCUCGCGCAUCGUGGCACCCGGCCCUCACCGCCCACGCGCCGGCGCGCGCGCUCGCGGCGCGCCACGAUUCGCGAGGCGUUCGCUGCCGACCCGAUGCUCCAGAGGCUGGCUGUGGCUGCCGCCCUCGCCGCCCUGCUGCCCGCGGGGUCGAGCGUGCUGACGGUCCACGUCGUGCCGCACACCCACGACGACGUCGGGUGGCUGAAGACUGUGGACCAGUAUUACGCUGGGGUCAAUCCGCAGGGGCAGUCCAUCAGCGGCUAUGUGAAGAUGAUCCUGGACACCGUCAUCCGGUCCCUCCAGGAGAACCCCGAGAGGAAGUUCACCUACGUCGAGCAGGCAUUCUUCCAGCGCUGGUGGCGUGAGCAGACCCCGGCGGUCCAGAACCUCACGCGGGACUUGGUGAAGGCGGGGCGGCUCGAGUUCACGAACGGGGGCUGGUGCAUGCACGACGAGGCUGCAGCCUACUACCUCGACAUGAUCGACCAGACCACCGUCGGGCACCGCUUCCUCAUCCCGGGGUUCGGCGUGUCGCCGUCCACUGGCUGGCAGCUGGACCCGUUUGGGCACUCGGCCACCCAGGCUGCGCUCCUGAGCGCAGAGGUGGGCUUCAACGGGCUCUUCUUCGGCCGUAUCGACUACCAGGACCUGGCAAACCGAAUCAACAAGUCAGAGGCCGAGUUCGUCUGGCGAGCCUCGCCCUCUCUGGGCCGCGACGUCCAGGUCUUCUCCGGGCUCACUGGCGAGUACGGCGGCAACUACGGCCCUCCGAACGGCCUGGACUUCGAGAACGGCGACGCGGUUCAGGAUGACACCACGCUGGAGGACAACAAUGUGAAGAGGCGUGUGCAGCGUUUCGUAGGGGCUGCCUUGUGGCAGGCGUCGCACACCCGCGGGAGCAAUAUCAUGUUCACCAUGGGUAGCGACUUCCAGUACGAGAACGCCUUCAAGUGGUUCGAGAGCUUGGACAAGAUCAUCAAGUAUGUGAAUUUGGACGGCCGAGUUCAUGCUCGAUAUUCCACUCCUGCCGAGUACGUCCGGGCGAAGACGCAGGAAGUCAACGUCUCGUGGCCCCUGAAGACGGACGACUUUUUCCCCUACGCAGACACUGCCCACCAGUUCUGGACGGGGUACUUCACCUCCCGGCCCGCGCUGAAGCGCUACAUUCGGGAGACGAGCGCGGUGCUCCAGGUGGUGCGCCAGGUCGCCGCCGCGCACCACAUGGCGGCGCAGGGGGGCGGCCCGCCGUCCGGCCAGCUGUCGGGAGUCGCUCAGCUCGAGCAGGCAAUGGGCGUGGCGCAGCACCACGACGCGGUGUCGGGCACGGCGAAGCAGCACGUGACGUUCGACUACGCCAGGCGGCUCGCGGCGGGGAGGGCGGCGGCGCUGUCGGCGGUCGCGGGCGCCCUCGGGAACCUCACGGGCGUCGCGCAGGAGGGCGCCGGGUUCACCAUGUGUGACCUCAGGAACGUCUCCGUGUGCGCGCCAACGCAGGCGGUGGUCGCCGAGGGCGCCAGUGGCGUCGACUUCGUGCUGUGGAACGGACUCUCCCAGGCCAGGACCGAGCUGGUGGAGCUGCCCGUGGGCAGCAGCAACGUGAGCGUCACGGACGGCAGCGGCGCCGCGCUGCCCGUGCAGCUCGUCGCGUCCCUGCCCUCCGUCACGAACUACGCCGAGGCGGCCAACGGCAGCAGCCUCACCGCCGUGUUCGCCGCGGAGCUGCCCCCGCUGGGCUACCGGACCUUCCGUCUGCGGACCUCCAGCGAGGCGCCGCCCGCGCCAGCGCCGGAGGCGGCCGUGCGAGGGGAGCCUGUGGUCUUGGAGAACGAGUACCUGAGGCUGGAAUUCGUCGCGGGCACGCUCAGCACCGUACUGGACAAGAGCCGGAACCUGAGCGCGCAGGUCAGGCAGUCUUGGUUGUGGUACAAUGGGUCCGCAGGCAACAGCGAGUCCACCCAGACGAGCGGGGCGUACAUCUUCCGGCCAAAUCGGUCGGAGGCGUCGCCAGUCUUCAACGGCACCCCAACGCUGAGGCUCUCUCGAGGGCCCUUGGCGGAAGAGGUGCACCAGGAGUUUGGGCCUUGGGUCAGCCAGCGCGUGCGGCUGGCGAAGGCGGCGCGCCACGUGGAAAUCACUUACACGGUGGGCCCCGUGCCAGUGCAGGAUCAGCUUGGGAAGGAGGUCAUCACGCGGUUCACCACCGACAUCGCCAACGCAGGCGAGUGUUUUACCGACAGCAACGGGCGAGAGAUGAUGGCGCGCAAGAGGGACUAUAGGGCAACCUGGAACCUCAGCCAGACGGAGCCCGUGGCCGGGAAUUACUACCCCGUGACGGCCUCCAUCUUUAUCAGGGACGCCCGGAGGCAGCUCACGGUGCUCACCGAUGCCGCACAGGCGGGCAGCGGUUGCGUCACCGACGGCGAGCUCGAGCUGAUGGUGCACCGCAGGCUGCUGCACGACGACUUCAAGGGCGUCGGGGAGCCGCUCAACGAGAGCCUGCCGAACGGCGCCGGCCUGGUCACCCGGGGCCGCCACCUGCUCGUGCUAUCGGACCCGGCCACCGCGGCAGCCACUUGGCGCCCUCUCGCGGACGCCGUGUACAUGCCCCCGCUGCCCUUCUUCGCGCCCGGCUACCGCCUCCCAGGCGCACAGGCCUCCUACAUCUACAGCAUUCUUACGGAGCAGCUGCCCCCGAACGUUCAGGUGGCCACGCUCUCGCGCUGGGACGAUGCCUGGGUGCUGCUCCGGCUGGCUCACCAGUUCGGCGUGGGUGAGGACGCGGUGUUGUCGCAGCCCGCGGAGGUGGACCUCGGGAAGCUCUUCGCUGGCAUGGCCGUCGCCGCCGUGGAAGAGCGCGGCCUCGCCGCCUCCAUCUCGCGCGCGGAGGUGCUGCGCCGCCGCGUGCCCUGGCCCGUGGAGGGCGAGCCCGCGGUGCGCGCGCGGCCGGCGGCGGCUGGGCCGGCCGCGCCGGGCGGCGAGCUGGUGUACGAGCUCGGCCCGCUGCAGAUUCGGACGUUCUUGGUCCGGCUGGAGCAGGUGGGGCCGCAGCGGGGCGCGGGCAGCGCCGUCCUGGUGUGACCUGGGCGGCGCGGGGGGGGCCCGCCCCCCUCUCCGGCCCGGUGGCGCGAAGGGGUCGGCAGGGCGAGGGUGAUGGUGAUGAU